AUGCUACUCUCAUUGCCCUACGCCCUCGCGGCACUGUCCCUGGUAGUCGUCGUCGGCCUCGUCCGCCGUCUCAGCUCGCCACUCCGCAGGCUACCAGGGCCGCCCUCGUCCCUCUUGACGUCGCUCGUGCUCAGAUGGAGAGAGCUCAAUGCCGGUCGAACCGCCUAUAUACACAAACUCCACCAACGCUACGGCCCCGUCGUGCGGAUUGCCCCCAACGAGGUGUCGUUUACGUCCUGGCCGGCGUUGAAGGAGAUAUACUGUUCGGGAGGAAGCGGCUACGACAAGUCCAGCUUCUACGAUCUCUUCAAAGUCUAUGGCAGGAGGACCAUGUUCACAAUGCUGAACAAAACAGACCAUGCUGGACGGAAGAGGCUUCUCGCCGACCGCUAUGCCAACUCGAGCGUCAUGCAAGCCGCCCCCAUGCAAGGCAUCCAAGAGCUUUCCCGAGCUUUCCUCCGUCGCUGCACUUCGGUCUCGAAAAGCAAGACCUCGGAGGUUUUCAAAGUGGAUGAAGACAUGAUGCAUCAGUCGACAGCCGACGACAGCUUGCAGAAUCGCCUCAUUUCUCAUUAUAGUCCCACCCUUCAUCGGCUACUAGCGAGCUUUCUCACCCUGUUUGUGAAACCCAGAGAGGUACCACUGGUUGAUGACUACAUCUUGGAAACGAGCAAGUGCAGAGACACCGCCAGUUUCACCCUCUUGAGUCGCCUGGGGCAGAAGGAGGAGCUUGAUGCCAUCGACGUGGCCGCCGAGUGCCUUGAUCACGUAGUCGCGGGCAUUGAUACGACCGGGGAUUCCCUGUGCUUCCUCAUGUGGGAGCUGUCGCAGCCCCGGUCUCUCCCCUACCAACGCAGACUGACGCAAGAACUGCAGAACAACCCUGGAGCACCCGUGGACCAGCUGUCUUUCCUAGACGCCAUUGUACACGAGGGUCUGCGAUGCUAUCCGCCAAUCCCCAUGUCACUGCCGCGUCUCGUGCCUCCGGGAGGUCGCACAAUUGAUGGCUUCUGGCUGCCAGAGCAGACGAUUGUGAGCUGCCAGGCGUAUUCUGUGCACCGCAUCAAUAUGGACGUGUUUCCGGAGCCGGACACAUUCGACCCGGACCGCUGGCUGGGAUCUGACGGUGAAAUCGACAGGCAGCGGCUGCUCUUCGCGUUUGCCAACGGCGGUAGAGGUUGUGUGGGAAAGCAUCUUGCUUUGGCCGAGAUGAAGACGCUAUUACGGGACGUCUACUCUAAGUUUGGCACGACGCCCGAUGCAUCCAUGAAUGAGGAGUCGAUGGCCAUGUACGAUCAGCUCAUCUCGACGCGGCCGCUGGGCCAGAGGUGCUUGCUGCAGUUCAACCCGUUGGAGGAUACAGUCGAGGGCGGCACAGAAGAAAACGACUGGGAGACUGAUAAGCCGUUAAGAUGA